AUGGCGGCUCUCAGUGCAAUUGUUGGAAUGUUUAACGAAUUAUUUAAUUUGAAAAAUUUUAAAAGGAAUUCAUUUUUGCGAUACAAUGUCUUAUUUAGGAAGCGUAAACAUGACGACGAAGUAAUUGCUGGAAUGGCAAGUUCUGUUGUGGUGCAACCGCGGAAAAAAGCCAGGAUACAAAACUAUUAUGAGGAAAUUAUUCCUCGAUACAGUGAUCUGGAUUUUAAAGGCCACUUCAGACUUCAGCGUGAAAGCGUUGAAUACCUUUGCCAGAUUCUGAAUUUAAAAGAAACGAAGAAAAUUGGACGGUCAUCCAUUAUAGAGGUAAAAAAAGAAAAGGUUGUCCUAUUGUCCUUAUGGAUUUUAGGAAAUCAGGAAUCCUUUAGAGGCGUAGAUAAAACAGUGUUAGCUUUAUAUAGUUACACUGCUCGAGAUGAUGGUGAUCUGAAUUUUAAAAAAGGAGAUCAUCUGAUUCUUUUAGAUGAAAGUGAUCCUGAUUGGUGGCAUGCAAGACAUCUAGCAAAUAAUGAAACAGGAUACAUUCCUAGAAAUUAUGUGGCUUUAGAGAAAAGCAUUGAAAGUGAAGAUUGGUUUUUUGACAAAACUUCCCGCAAAGACUCGGAAAAACUGUUGCUGGCCACUGCCACUCCGAGAGGCACAUUUCUCAUUCGUAGAAGUGAGCAUACUACAGGAGCAUUUUCACUCUCCAUUCGUGAUUAUGAAGCUGAUAAGGGUGAUCACAUCAAACAUUAUAAAGUCAAAAUUUCUGAAUUAGGGGAGUAUUAUGUAACUUCACAGAAGAAAUUUACUACUCUACAUGAACUCAUUAAACAUUAUUCAGAUGCAGCAAAUGGUCUUUGUCAUAAACUGACGAUGAUAUGUCCAAAACCAAAACCGACUGUGUGGGAUCUUUCUUCAGAAACAAAAGAUGAAUGGGAAAUACCAAAAAGUUCAUUAAAUUUAAUUCAUAAAUUGGGUAGUGGAAAUUUUGGAGAAGUUUGGUAUGGUAAAUGGAAAGGCACUAAGGAGGUAGCGGUUAAAACAUUGAAGCCUGGAACGAUGGAUCCAGAAGCAUUUCUUCAGGAAGCAGCUAUAAUGAAAAAGUUUAGACACGAAAAAUUGGUAUCUCUGUAUGCAGUGUGCUCAAAAGAAGAACCUAUCUAUAUUGUCACUGAAUAUAUGUCUAAUGGUAGUUUGUUGGAAUAUUUAAGAGGUCAUAAUGAAAAAAGUCUGAAAUUUCCAAUCCUUAUUGAUUUUGCUGCUCAGAUAGCUAGUGGAAUGGCUUACAUUGAAAGUAAACAACUGAUACAUCGUGAUCUGGCAGCCAGGAAUAUUUUGGUCGGAGAAGAAAAUAUUAUAAAAAUUGCCGACUUUGGUUUGGCAAGAAUUAUCGAAGAUUCAGAAUAUACGGCUAGACAAGGAGCAAAGUUUCCAAUUAAAUGGACAUCACCAGAAGCAGUAUUAUAUGGAAAGUUCUCAAUCAAAUCUGAUGUUUGGUCAUAUGGUAUACUUUUGUGUGAGCUUAUUACAUAUGGUCAAGUUCCUUAUCCUGGCAUGCACAAUCGGGAAGUGAUCGAACAAGUGGACAGAGGUUAUCGUAUGCCCAAGCCAUUAAACUACGAGUGUCCGGAUUCCGUGUAUAACAUAAUGCUGCAGUGUUGGGAUUCGGAUCCGGAAAAGAGGCCAACGUUUGAAUUUCUAUUUGGUUAUUUUGACGAUUAUUUUAUAUCCACCGAACCCAGUUACAGGGAUGCUGACGAAUUUUGAUUAUGCAAAGAACUGAAUAAUUAUUAAUUAAUAACUGUAUUACUACUAAAAUUCUGUAUAGGAAGACAUUUAAUAUAGUGUAAUUAUUUAUAUCAUUUAAUCUAGUAUUAUCUAUCUUAUGUAAAUUUAUAUUUUUUUUUAUGAUUUUAAUAUUACAUAAACUUUUCUAAAUCACUGUUAAGCAAUGUGUUUUGAGGAAAAUAUUGCAGGAAUUUCUGAAAAAUUGGAUAUUAUCAUAUUUCUGUUAAUUAUGAAAAAGAAUAAUUUCAGAAAAAUGUUGCCAGCUUUGGAACCUAAUCCUUUGUUUUGUAUAGUACAGAUUUGUAUAACAUGGUACUUUUUUGGAACCUAUCUACUGUGUUGGGAUAUGCAUAUAUUGUGUUUGUGAGCUUUUCAUUUGAUUAUCCUGUACAUAUAGUAAACCGCUGCAUGACUGGUUAUGAUUUAUGAAAUCCUUUGUCUAUCCUUUGGUGCAGUAUUAUACUGUAUAGUUUUAACUGUAUUUUUAACAAAAGAAUAUCUGUUUACAAUACUAAGCCAAUGCUGCUGCAUGAUGCCACUUUGAAACAAUGCCAAUAGCAGAAUAAGUUUGAUUUAUUGGGAACUGGUCAGAUGUACUGUAUUAAAAUCAUAGAUUUUCUUUUACUUUUUGUUAUAUUUUCUCAUCCUGCCAUGAAUACUACAAAAAUUUGUAAAGUCAUUUUAUAAGAUUGAAAGUAAUAAUAAAAAUUCUUUGUAUUG